CCAAUUUAGGUCUUUAAUGCAGGGCCGACAGACAAGUUCCUUACUUUUUCCCCCUUCCACUUGCCCCUUCCAUUUUUGCGGUACAACUUAGUUUCCUCAAACACCCAUGUCUUUCCUACCUGUGUGUGUGUGUGUGUGUGUGUGUUGGUUUGAGUGUGUGUGUGCAUGUGUACGUUUCCCAGUCCGUGGUGUGUUCAGUGUGUGUGUGAUGCGUCUGCGGGGUCCGUGGUGUAGCUGGGGGGCUGUGGUGGUCUCUGUUGCAGCUGUGCUCCUGGUAGCAGCCCUGGGCCUGGCACUGGUGCUCAUCUUCACACAGCUAAAGGGGCAGAGUCUGGAUGGGGAAGUGGUGUCGACCAAUCCCCUGGACUUGUUGUCUGGAGAUGGACUGCCUCGUGAUCUACCCACAACCUCCACCAACCACAGUCAGAGGGACAUUACAGUGGCCCCACAGCCAGCCAGAUACCCUACCCCUGAAACUAGAUGUGGGGGUGUAUUGACAGCCUCAGAGGGCAGCUUUAGCUCCCCCAACCACCCUGGAUCGUAUCCCCCGGACUCGCUGUGUGUCUGGGUGAUACGGGCGCGCCCUCCAUCCCUGGUCCAGAUCCAUGUGUCCUCUCUGACCAUAGAAGGACCAUCCCCCUGCCUCUUUGACUGGCUGGAGGUUCAGGAGGAGACGGAAAAGCCUUCUGUUGUCACCAGGUUCUGCGGCAACGUGGCACCCCCUACUGUGAACACCAACAGCAGCACUGUGUGGGUGACCUUCCGCUCUGAUGGGAGCAUCGGAGGCAGUGGCUUCACCGCCCAGUACCACGCCAUCACACCUGAACAGAAGAGCUGCUCCGGGGAGGAGUUUAUGUGUGACCACGGGCGCUGCAUCCUGCCUGUGUCAGUGUGUGACGGUCAGCCCAACUGUCAUGACCUCUCUGAUGAGGCCAACUGCAGCCACAAGCACAAAGAGUGUGGGGGCCAAAAGACUGGACUCUACGGCUACCUGGCGAGUCCAAACCACCCAAAGCCUUACCCUCAACAACAGUUGUGCACAUGGCAGAUCUCUGUGGAGGAGGGUCAUGUGAUCAGGCUGAGUUUCCAUAACUUCAGUCUGGAGACUCAGGACGUGUGUGAGUUUGACUAUGUAGAGGUGCGUGACCGUGCUGAUACCGGGGCCGGCAGAGUACUCGGACGGUACUGUGGAACCAGCCUGCCUCCUGAGCUGACCUCCUCUGGGCCUCAGAUAACCGUGGUAUUUGUAGCUGACGAGGGUGUGGCAGACAGUGGCUUCAACGCGUCCUACCAGGCCAUCUCCCUCUCUGAGAGAACAUGCAGUCCUACUCAGUUUGCCUGCAGCAGUGGAGAGUGCCUGCACCAGGAGUGGCUGUGUGAUGGCUGGACUGACUGUGCAGACGGGACAGAUGAGCACAACUGUGACAACUCGACCUAUCCCACUUUCAGCUUGUCCUGUGAACCCAUCGAGGUGGAGAUGUGUCAGGGCCUGAGCUACAACCACACCUCCUUCCCCAACAUUUGGCUGUCCAUCGCUGACCAGAGAGAGGCAGCCACGCUGCUCCGUCAGUACAUGGUACUGAUGGAGCUGGCGUGUUUCCAGCCCCUGCGCAGGCUGGUGUGUGGGAUGUUCAUGCCCCACUGCAGCCCUCAGGGUGGGGUGCUGCAGCCCUGCCGGUCAGUGUGCUCCUGGGCAGCGCAGCAGUGUAGUCAGGCCCUGGAUGUCUUCACCUUCAGCUGGCCCUUCAACUGCCACCUGCUACCUGACUCCCAAGACCCUAUGGAGUGCUCCAGCCCUUGAAGUAUAGCACCUGCCCCAUUCUUUGGCUACAGUACAACCAUAGUUAUGAGAUUAAUCCAACACAGGACUAUAAGAAAUCUUAAGAAUACCAUCAAAGCUCCAAUCUUUUGAACGAAUCUUGCAGUCUCGCUUGGACACUGAACAUCAUCAUCAUCUAAGGACCUUUACAUGCAAAAAGAAUCACAAUGUUGCACUUCUGCAGACUCUAUAUGGUUCUAGCCUUGUACAGCAUAAUACAGAUGUAUGGAACAGAACCGGUUGGAGUUAACAUGGGAAUAGAAAAUAAUUGUACAUCUUAAUAAAUACAAUGCUGAUUUUGACAUACUGUAGCUUGAUGUUUUGCAAAUGUGUAUGAUUGAACCAUACAUUUUUAGUGUAAUGAAUUUGACCGAGACAAUACUUGUAUGUUCUACAUCAAAUGCAAUUUUUUUUGCACUAUAUUUAUUU